AUGUCGACGCCCGCAAGCCGCAAGGACCGCGUCUACACGCGUCCGGAAAUCGAGGCGCUGAUCGCCGAUGGCCGACAUAUCGUGAUUGUCGACGGCAAAGUCCUCAAGUGCGAUGCCUGGAUGAAGUACCACCCCGGCGGUGACAAGGCAAUCAAGCACAUGGUCGGCAGAGACGCCACCGACGAGGUCCAUGUUCUGCACUCUCCAGAAGCAGCGCAGCGCAUGAACGCCUUCCAAAUCGGCCGCGUCGACGGCCGCUGGCUCAACUUCGUGCCGCCCAUCCAAGGUGGGAAAUUCCGGACCAAGGCCGAGCUGGACGCAUUGAGAGCCCACGCUGCCGACGCAGAGCUCGAGCGCGACGACUCGAGCCAGGGAAGCUCUGAUGGCUCGCCCAUUUUCGAGCCCGCCGACCACGACUCGGUGAGACGCCGCCGGAACGACAGCACCUUCACCCGCGCAUCCUCGCCCACCUCCGUCUCCUCCGUCGAGCUCGACGACGCCCGGGAGAAACCCAAGAUGUCUUUCCUCGACAUCAAGACGCAGCAGGAAAUCUCGCUGGAUCUGGACAAAUACCCGCCGCUGAAGCCCGACGUGCAGGACGACAUUGUCCGCAAGUAUCGUGCGUUGGAAGAGCGAAUCAAAGCCGAGGGCCUGUUCCAAUGCAGGUACACGUCAUAUCUGAUCGAGCUCUCCCGAUACUCGCUCUUCUUUGGCCUGUUCUUGUAUUUCCUGCGGGCGGGCUGGUAUUGCACCAGUGCCCUUUUCCUGGGCUGCUUCUGGCACCAGCUCGUCUUCACUGCCCAUGAUGCUGGCCACAUGGGCAUCACCCAUGACUACCACACAGACUCGGUCAUCGGUAUCGUCAUUGCCGACUUCCUCGGCGGCCUGAGUCUGGGCUGGUGGAAGCGCAACCACAACGUCCACCACAUUGUCACGAAUCACACCGAGCACGACCCUGAUAUCCAACACCUGCCUUUCUUUGCCAUCUCCCACCGUUUCUUUGAAUCGCUCACGUCCACGUAUUACGACAAAGUGCUGCAGUACGACGCUGCCGCAAGGUUCUUCAUCAGGUUCCAAGACAUGCUCUACUACCCCAUCCUCUGCUUCGGCCGCUUCAACCUGUACAGGCUGAGCUGGGUAUACCUCCUCAGCACCCAGGCGCCAAGCCGAGGACCCGCCUGGUGGCACCGCUACCUGGAGAUCGCCGGCCAGAUCUUCUUCUGGUACUGGUUCGGCUACGAGGUUGUGACCAAGUCCAUCCCGACGGGCUGGGAGCGCUUCGCCUUCGUCAUGGUCAGCCACAUGGUGACGAUGCCCGUGCACGUGCAAAUCACGCUCUCGCACUUCGCCAUGAGCACCGCCGACCUGGGCACCCACGAGAGCUUCCCCCAGAAGAUGCUGCGCACCACCAUGGACGUCGACUGCCCCGAGUGGCUCGACUUUUUCCACGGCGGCCUCCAGUUCCAGGCCAUCCACCACCUCUACCCCCGCAUCCCCCGCCACAACUUGCGCCGCACACAGCGCCUCGUCAUGGACUUUUGCGACGACGUGAACAUCCCCUACGGCCUGUACGGCUUCGCUGCCGGCAACAGGAAGGUCAUCGGUCGUCUGGGCGACGUCGCUAGGCAGGCGACCAUCUUGGCAGCGUGCCAGAGGAGCAUGAUCGAGAGUGGAGAUUAUGGGAUGCACUGA